AUGAACAUCGGUUUAGCAGAGGUCAAAGAGCCCAUUGCGAUCGUCGGCAUCGCAGCGGAACUGCCCAGCGGGGCAUGCGCCGACACGAAUCUCGACUACAGACAGUUCAACAAGUUCCUACUAGACGGCGCAGAGUCGUACGUCCGCUUCCCCAGGGAUAGGCUCAACAUCGACUCGUGGCAGGGCGAAGGCCUUGGUCGCAUCGCCACGGCCCACGGGUCUUUCCUGAAGGACGUCGACCUGUUCGACCACGUCGAGUUCGGCAUAUCGACGAAGGACGCGCGCGCGAUGUCGCUGAGCACGCGCAAGCUCAUCGAGCUCUCGUUCCUCGCGCUCCUCGACUCGGGGAUCGACUACCAGGGGCGCAAUGUGGGCUACUACGCCUCCGCGACGAACCACGAUAUCCUAAGCAUAGCCGAGCCGGAUGUGUACGAGGCGCAGGGGUCCUUCGGCGGGAUACCGUGCAUGGUGGCAAACAAGGUGUCGUAUCAUCUCGACCUGCGCGGGCCGAGCAUCCCGGUCGACACCGCGUGCAGCUCCAGCCUGACGGCGACCCACCUCGCGGUGCAAGCGCUGCGCGCGGGCGAGUGCGAGUCUGCCGUCGUCGCAGCGUGCCAGCUGAAUCUCCGGCUCGCGGACUUUGUUCAGUACAGCCAAGGCUCUGUGCUGGCGCGGGACGGGAAGUGCAAACCGUUCGAUGCGAGCGCGGACGGAUUCUCGCGGGGAGAGGGCGCGGUGGCGAUUGUGCUCAAACCGCUCAGCGCAGCAUUGAGAGAUGGGGAUCACAUCUACGCGAACAUUCUUGGUACCGGAUUGAGCUCCUCGGGCUCCUUGGCUCCAGUGUAUGCGCCGGUGGCGAGUGCCCAGCUAGAAGCGAUGAGGCGCGCCUACGUUGGUACUGGCCGCGAUCCUCGAGAGGCCGACUACGUCGAGCUCCAUGCGACUGGAACCGCGGUGGGCGACCCGAUAGAGUGCAACUGGGUGGGCGAACACUUUGCGCGAGACGCGGAGCUCCUCGUCGGUAGCGUCAAAGGCAACAUCGGUCAUCUGGAGAUCACCGCCUUUCUCGCGUCGCUGUGCAAGGUGUGCGGUCUCUUCGAAACCGGGGUGUUGCCCCCGAACGUGAACCUCGCGGCGCGGAACCCGGCGAUUCGGUGGGACGCAUACAAACUGCAUGUCCCCCUCGAGCCGAUGGUGUUGCGCGCGCGCGAUGACCCACGAAAGCUCCUGGUGUCCAUGUGCAGCUCCGGGAUCGGCGGGGCCAACGGGCAUGCUGUCCUCGAGAGCGCGCCUCCCAUGCCAGCUGCAAGUGCCUGCUAUUCGGCUCUACCGGAUGCUCCUAGGCUUCUCAUGGCCGGGGGCCUCUCGCCCUCUUCGGCGGCAGGCGUAGCGAGCUCUCUGCUAGACUUGGCGAGAGAAAACCCCGACCGGUUGCCUGCGAUCGCCAACAUAUACGGCCGCCGCGUGCGACAGAUGAAGUGGCGCAGCUUCGCAGUGGUCAAUCCCGGGCAAGCCCUGUCUGCGGUCGACUUCCCUGCGCCUACGCUAGCUCAAGACGUGCCGACAGUCUUUGUGUUCUCGGGCCAAGGACCCCAGCAUUUUGCAAUGGGGCGACAGCUCUUCGCGUCUUAUGGCGUCUUCCGCAGGACGAUGGAGGAGCUCGAUGGGUACCACCUCGAACUAACGGGCACGUCCCUCAUACGGGACGUCGGGCUGUUUGGUGACUUCCCGCCAUUAAAGACCUUCCCGGCCGUGUGGCCGAUCUCGGUCAUCCUGCCUUCGCUUACCAUGCUCCAGAUUGCCCUUUACGAUCUACUCUCGAGCUUUGGACUCCGGCCGGAUGUCGUCAUGGGCCAUUCCGCGGGCGAGACAGCUCUCCUAUACGCAUCUGGAGCUGCGUCGAAGCGUAUGGCUAUUGCGGUGGCCGUCGUACGAGGCAGGACGAUGACGCUGGUUGAGAACGCAGGGGGAGGGAUGGCCGCACUCUCAUGCGCGCCAUACCAGGCCGAUGAAAUCAUCCAAAGUGCGAAGGAAUCAUCUGAAGACGGCAUCUUGGAGAUUGCCUGUUACAAUGGCCCACAGGCGGUCGCGAUCGCAGGUCAUCAUACCCUGGUAGCCCGAGCGGUGGAGAUCGCGACGAGCCGCGGGAUCCUUGCCCGUACAAUACAAACAAACGUCGCGGUUCACUCGCCCAUGAUGGAUUUAUGCGAGGCGUUGUAUCGCCCCGAGAUGGUUGAGGCGUUCGCUCGCUAUGGACCGUGUCGCGCGCCCUCCAUUACGACCUACUCUACCGCGACAGGUGCUCUGCUGGAAGAAUUCUCACCGGACUACUUCUGGCACAAUAGUCGAGGACCGGUCCGGUUUGCACAGACAGUGCGGUCCGUGCUGCGGGCUCAUUCUACCGCUCGUUUCAUCGAGAUUAGCCCUCAUGCGGUGCUAUCGCUGUACCUGCAAGAACUGGGUGUUCCUCCUACCUCGAUAUUGUGUCCGAUGCGGCGGGCGAAGGCAUACGCAGCGCAUCAGGAGCAAGCUGUACUCUUGAAUGCGAUGGGGCAGUUGGUAACUUCAGGAUCCAACGCCAUCGAUUUCCGGGCGUUCAACGACUCCCCAUUCGCCAUGCGGGACUGCGACAUACCCCUACCUUCGUACCCUCUCGCGCGCAAGCCUAUCCCGUUCUUGCCUCGACAUUCGAAAUUGUUGCAACAACAGCUAGGCCCUCUUGUGCGACCGCUGUCUGGAGACAACCUCAGGGUCAAUCAUGCUACACAUCCUGAGCUUGCCCAGCACGUCAUCAAUCAGGAACCUAUUAUGCCCGCUUCGGGAUUCCUCGAGAUGGUGUUAGAAGCGGGAGCAAACAUCGUCUGGAAUGUACGCUUCCACUCGAUGUUUUCGCUAGCCUCAAACACUCCAACGGCGCUCAGAAUGCACAUCGACGGGAAGCACUGGCGAGUGGUCUCGAGUGCUGUUGCCGGAGUCCAAGAAGAUAGUGCUGAUGAACGCAAACCUCAAGUCCAUGCGGAGGGCUUCAUGACGCUAGACCAAUACGACGUUGGCCAAUACCACAACCCUGUCCCUUCUGAUGUCUUACAGUGUUGCAAGCUCCAUGAUGCAGAUGACUUGUACCCCGGCUUUCAAUACUUCGCACAAUACGGCCCCGUAUUCAGACGUAUCAGGAGAUGCUACUUUGGGUCUAACUACGCGUUAGUAGAAAUACAAGGACUUGACGAGCCUUCUCAGGCUAAUUACGUCAUCCACCCGGCUCUGCUAGAUGCAUGUCUACAUGUUGUUGUGCAUCCUCGUUUCACUUCCGUCUCCGACACCAAUGUCUUUUAUUUGCCAUCUGCUCUUGGCUCCCUUGUUAUCGAACGGCAGAACCUCUUGGCGCCGCGGCUGGAAAGUACGUUGUACGCGUAUGCUGUCCUCACAGAUUGGCGGCCAGAUGAGAUCACAGCAGAUGUGCAUGUCAUCGACGUGGGCGGAAAAGAUCUCUGUACGCUCCGCGAUCUCAAGGUAGCUCGUCACUACAUCAACACUCCGACGCCUCCGCGUAGGCGGUUCGAGCUGAUCGAUCAACCACUGUCCACGAUACCAUUUGACUUCGGAACCGAAGUUGACGUGGGCGAGGAAGCCGUUAUGAAAACGCUAUGUGCUUCCCGCGUCACUGCUGGCCAGAAAGGAGGAAGUCAAAUAGUGAACAAUACGCCGUGUACAUCUCAUUGUGGCGUCAACAUAUUGCUUGUUUGCGCCGCGCUCCAUGCCUCUCGCUUGGGUGCUAUGGGAAAGAGGGUGAUCACUGUGUUGGGAGUGGACUUCAAGUCGGGAUCGUUACAUGGGGACGCCCAAGCCCUAUUGCAAGCUUCGCUUGGACGGGCGAUAACAGUCGUGUAUCACGCCGCAGUCAUGGGCGAGGACAUGUCUCAGUCUCAUAGUAUUCCUGUGUCCUGCAAGACAGUGGACUUCAGCACUCGUGCAUCUCGCCCGCACCAUCCUAUUUUCGACAUUGUCCUUUAUAACUGCUCUUCGCCAUGGAGCACUCCAGACGUAACCACCAUGGUUCGCGCUUGUGCUACAUCCCUCAUGCCCGGAGGAUUUUUAUUCAUUCAAGGCGUUCAAUCAGGUUCUGGAAGCGGCUCGGGUCCACACCCAGAUCCUUCUGGAGCUGCCGAGGUACAGACCGAGCUGAGCCGUCUGCACUUCCAGACCCGCGCCCGACAUCUGGUAGCAGGCCUGCCGACUACUCUGAUAGAAGCACACAGCUCGUCUCUGUCAUUUGUCCCCGACCAAGCCUGGUCGGACCGUGGGGGUCGGACCCAUGUACUCUCAUACCGCAUUGGGGACGAGAGCAGCAUUCAAACAGCCUUGGCGAAACUUGAUAUCAACGUGUCUAUCUGUGUCUGGAUACUGGCGUGCGGAGAGCGGGACGGCGACGCUGCACGAGGGUUUACUCGGUCACUCAGGAGGGAGUUAUCUGCUUGGGAUAUCGGACUCCUCAUAUCUGCCCCUACCUUCGACAAACAGGAGGUGGAGCAGUUCGCUCGAUACCUGUCCUCGCACCGCAGCAUGGAGCGCGAGUUAUAUAUCGCCGAAGACCGCCAGCUAUACGUCCCCCGCAUCCGCGAAGUCCCCAUUGGCCCUCCCAACCCGGCGAUUUUCCACCUCGCCGAUGUGCGCUCUGGAUACGUGCGACUUGACCCAGUCUUCAGCUACGAUGUCGAGUCCGAUCCUCGUCACCAUUGCCUAGUCGGGACAGUGAUAGCCGCCUCUAACGAAGAUGCGACGGCGCUGGUGGGUACGAGGGUGGUCACUAUUACUGCGAAAACUUCCGAAGUUGGUGCACCCAUGACUGUGCGCCGAGACUCCAUGAUCCCCAUACCUGAUCACUGGGAGUUGCACAGAGCGCCGUUGCUCGCACUCGGCUGUCUGGUGAUCCGUUCUGUACUCGGCACGGAGAAAAUUUCACCGAGAUGCGCAGUGGACGAUGCUCGCCGUAUCAUUGUCGUGGGUACAGACACGCCGCUGGGACGUGUGCUCACCUGUAUCCUGCGGCAGCUAUGCAUCGGCACAGUCGGAUUGAAGCUACAGGCGUCUCCCCUACACUUCGCAUCACUCCUUCUAGGACCUAGGGACAUUGUCGUUGACCUAAGCGGCCACGCGGCCUCGAGCAUCGCCGCCACAUUCGUAGGACGCAACGGCGUUCGGCAUAUUUGCAUGCGCGAUGUAUCUCAACUGCUGUGCGAAGCGACGCGCAGCCCGCGGAUCUUGACGACAAUGCUCCAGAACGCAAUUCAACUGAUACCGUCGGGCGUAUCUAUUGACAGCGGGACGGCUCAGCAGGUGUUGCAUCAACCUCAGACACUCUUCCUCAGGUUCAGCUCUAGCGAUGUGUAUGUACUGAUAGGAGGAAUUGGGAGCUUGGGUAUGCACAUCGCGUUGUGGAUGUACGAGAGGGGAGCCAGACAUAUAUUGCUUACGUCUCGCUCUGGACGUCAAUCGUUGGAACGAGCUGGAGAUGUCCUUGCCAUCCGCAUCCUGAAUUACCUGGAGAGCCGCGUGGAUCUGUCCUUGCGACUGGUUGCAUGUGAUGCCGCCUCUGUUCAUCAAAUGCAAAUGGCUCUCUCGGGCCUGGCACAGCGCAUUGCUGGUUGUAUGCUCCUUUCAGGCGUCCUCGUAGAUCGCACCUUCUUCUCUCAAGAUCCAUCUACAUUUGAAGCGACUUUCAGGCCAAAGGUUCAAGCAAUUAAGGUGCUGGAAAAUAUACUUCCGAUCAAGAGCCUCGACUUCCUCGUCCUGUUAUCUUCUAUUGCGUCAUUCGGAAAUACCGGACAAACGAACUAUGCCAGCGCGAAUACAGCUCUCGAGGGAUACGUAAGGCAAUACAAGAAUGCCUUCGCUUUGAUUACCCCUGCCAUCGUCGAUUCGGCGGCCAUCAGCAGUGCACUUAGGCAUCGAGAGCGUGGAUCGCAGAUCGAGCAUCUGAUGCCGUGGGCGUUCUCUGCCCAAGAGCUCUGUGACUGCAUCGAGGACGGUAUACUCCUAUUGGCGCGUGGGCCUGUGGGCGUGUACGUGCCGAAUCUCAAAUGGGAUUCAAUCCGCCAACAUCUGGGUCCGUCUUUUCUCUACGACUAUCUAGCAGACGUCAACCCGCGUUCCGCUCCUCCAAAGACGCAGCAAAUGUGCCGCGAUGAUCUCUUAUCCAUAGUGUUGCAACACGUGGACGUAUCUGCCGAUGCCUUCUCUCCUGACGCUCCUCUUUCACGAUACGGCAUGGAUUCCCUCUCCGCCGGUCGCCUGUCAUAUGCCCUGAAGAACGUUGUGACCGUCUCGUCAAUGCAAUUACUCGGAGGGUUGAGCUUCGCUGGGCUACACCUGCGAACCACCACCUCAGGGAUCGCUCAGUCUGGGACUGUGGAGGUUCACGGAGAGAUGGCAUUCGAUUGGCUGGAGCUGAGUCAGUCCGGUCGGCCGCUGGUGAAGCUGGUGAACCGUCAAGGCGAUACACCCCUUAUAUUGGUUCACGGGGCAAGCGGGAGCAUUGUCUCGUUUAUGCCCCUUCAGCAGACGUUCACGUCUUCUCUAUGGGUGUUGCAGUCGACACCAGACACGCCCAUGCACUCGCUUGACGCCAUGGCUGCCUACUACUACAAGGCCAUCAAGGAUGCUCAGCCCAGCGGACCGUAUCGCAUUGGGGCGUACUCCGGGACAUCCAUCAUCGCAUUCCUCAUCGCGGAGAGGAUCGUUAACGACGGCGAUGUGGUGGCGCAGUUCUCUCUACUCGAUCAUUUCCCUCUCCUGUUCGCUUCCCCGUACCUCGAGCCAGACGACACUACGGUCCGACAACGCACGCCCAGCCACGCAUUCAUGAAUCGUUUGCUGCAGUCGAUGCUGCACAUGUAUAGGGCGGAACCAUCAACAUCCCGCCAACAAAUGGCCGUGGAAUUUGAAGAUGCUGCAAGUGGCAAAUUGAUGCCACCCGUAGCGGCGUUGCGAUGGCGCACGUUUUCUGGUAUGGUCACUGGCACAUACGAGUUCAUGUUCGAGCUACUACGUCAAGACGUGCCGUACACGCAGGAUCUGCUCCGUCACGCUCUUGCUACUCGAUUGAGCACGCCUUCGCUCUGCGGCGGGAAACGUACGACACUCCGACUGGAGUGA